AUGAUACGCGUUUUGACGUUUCUCGCAGACUUAUUCCUAUUGACACAGCUCGUCAUCGCUGGACAGACCCAUGAGUUUAACUUUACCACUGGUUGGGUAUCCAGAAACCCAGACGGGAUGCAAGAAAGAAUGAUGAUCGGGUUCAACGGUGAAUGGCCGAUCCCGGAAAUUCACGUCAAUAAGGGCGAUCGGCUGAUUGUAAGGCUUACAAACGGAUUUGAGGAUCUGCCAACUUCGCUGCAUUUCCAUGGCUUUUUCCACCGUCAGGCAGACGAAAACAUGAACCAGAUGGACGGACCACCUUUGGUCACUCAGUGCCCAAUCAUGCCGGGCGACACGUACGUGUACAACUUCACAAUCGUGAACCAGGUCGGGACCUAUUGGAUUCAUUCGCAUUCGGGCGCCCAGUACACAGACGGGAUGAGAACGGCUUUGAUUGUGCACGAUGAAGACGAACCCUUUGAGUACGACGAGGAAAAAGUGAUUCAAAUCGGCGACCACUACCAUAAGCCCUACUACCAGGUGAUGGACGAAUUUUUGAACAGGUACAAUCCUACCGGCGCUGAGCCAAUCCCACAAAAUAUUCUUUUCAACAACACGGUCAAUGGGUCCAUCAGUUUCGACCCCGACACCGUGUAUCUACUUCGCUUCAUCAACGUGGGCAAUUUCAUUGCCCAAUACGUCUAUCUUGAGGAUCACUAUUUCACCAUCGUUGAAGUCGACGGUGUGUAUGUGAAACACAACACCACAAGUCUUCUGUAUCUGUCGCCUGGCCAGAGAAUGUCCGUGUUGGUGAAAUCGCAGCCACAUGCCGACAAAAAUUACGCGCUCAUGCAAAUUAUGGAUGAAACUAUGCUGGAUUCUGUGCCAACGGACUUGGUUUUGAACCGCACGAAUCAAGUUGUUUACAACUAUAGUGCUCCUGCAGCAAACGAGUACUUCAUCGAUUCCUUCGAAGAGGUUACAAAUGAUUUUUACUUGACACCCUUCUCUGAACGAGAGCUGCUGUCCGAAUAUGACUACCAAAUUUCCCUAGAUAUCAAGAUGGAUAAUUUGGGAGACGGUAAGAACUACGCGUUUUUCAACAAUAUCACAUACGUCGCACCAAAAAUCCCCACGCUGGUAACAGCACUUUCGGCGCCAGAAAAACUGGCCAAAAACCCUGCCAUUUACGGUGACAAUAUCAACCCUUUUGUCCUAGAAUACGGCGAGGUUAUUGAAGUCGUCUUGAACAAUUACGACGAUGGCAGACACCCAUUCCAUUUGCACGGACACAAUUUUCAAAUAGUGCAAAAGUCUCCCAGUUUCUUGGAAAGCUCUUCGGGAAGCGGAGAAUCGGGUGAACCAGUGCCCUACAAUGAAAGUGCACCACUCAUGCCAUAUCCUGAAAUGCCUAUGGAGAGAGACACUGUCGUCGUAGAACCAAACGGCCAUGUUGUGCUGCGUUUUGUUGCCGACAACCCAGGAAUAUGGAUUUUUCACUGUCAUGUGGACUGGCACUUAGAGCAAGGUCUUGCAGCUAUUUUCAUCGAAGCGCCUUUGGUGUUGAGAGAGAAAGAAGUACUUACUGAAAACUUUCAGCAGAUAUGCUCUGCAGGAAAAUUCCCACUUUCGGGAAAUGCCGCAGGACAUGAGGACGAUUGGUUCAAUAUGGCCGGUCUUCCAAGACAGCCAAAACCAUUGCCAAAGGGAUUCACGUUGAAGGGUUACAUUGCAUUUGUCGUUUCUUGCCUUGUGGGACUGUGGGGCCUACUUACAAUCGUACAAUACGGUAUGAGUGAGUCCACUCAGAACGAUAAAGCCAUGUACGAGAACUUGCACAAACUUUUGCAGGAAGCAGGUGAUUCAAAUUAA